CUGAUAUGCGCAUACACUGGUGAGAAAGGAUUUAUACGCUGUUGAGGUCGUGCGUUGGAUCAAUAUGGCUGACAUCAAUCCACCAUUUACCGAGGAGUCGGCAAGAAAAAAGGUCAAAGCAGCACAGAAUCUGUGGAAUACCCAAGAUCCAGUACGUGUCGCUCAAGCCUAUACACCAGAUUGCGUUUGGCGCAAUCGUACUUCAUUCUUUUCCGGAACGGAUAACAUUAUCUCUUUCUUAACUGCGAAAUGGAAUCGUGAAGCAAAUUACAGGCUUCGAAAGGAGUUGUUUUCCUUCUCUGACGACCGUAUUGCGGUGCAAUUCUGGUAUGAAUACCAAGAUGUUCAAGAUGGGAUGCGCUGGAAGCGCUGCUAUGGCCUCGAGGACUGGACAUUUGACCGAGAAACGGGGAAGACGAGGAAAAGGAUGAUGAGUGGUAAUGACCUGGUUUUGGGGCCUGAUGGGAACGGGGAAGGGAGGUGGUUUGUCGAUGGUGUUGACGUUGAAGAUGUCGUGAUUAGUGAGGAACAUUGGUGACGAGCUUAUUCGACCACACCGAUUCUUAUUGCACGAUUCGACUUAACUGUUGCGCAAUUUUACAAAGUGACAUGCCAAGUCAAUUAUGACACCGGCCUCCCAUAGUCUCCGACUGUUUGGCAUAUUGAUUUAUACUGCCAAGUUCUGACUCAUCCCUUUAGAUUGAAGCUAGCUCACCUAUCAUUUAGGUGCAUCUUCCCUGAUCGCCAAGAAGAACCCAGCGUAGCUUUAAU